CCGUUCACAUAGACACAUAAACACUGCCGAACAGUCCUCGCCUUCCCCUGUCCCUUGCCAAAACCCUACACCACACUCGGAGCCGGAGGAAGCCCAGCCAGAAGCUUGCGUGCCGUCUAGGGUUGCCGCCAUCAUGGCCUCCGAAAUCGCCCUCAAGGCCGUCCUCGACGGGAACCCCAGCCUCCUCAAGAAGAUGGCGAGCAAGGUGGACCUGCUGGGAGCCAAGGACGCCAAGGGGAACACCGUGCUCCAUUGCGCUGCUUUCGGGGGCUGCCUGGAGAGCUGCCGGUUCCUGGUGGAGGAAUGUGGGAUUGAUGUCAAUGCGGUGUCCAAAACAGGUGGGACGCCGAUGUCCUACGCCGCAAAAGAGGGGAAUGUCCAGGUUAUGAGGUACCUUCUCGACCGCGGUGGCAACCCUGCCAUGCCCGACAAGAGGGGCUCCACGCCGCUGCACGGUGCAGCACUCGGAGGGCACUGUGAGGCUGUAAGGCUAUUGCUGUCCAAAGGAGUUCCUGUGGAUCCUGUUGAUCAUCGAGGGGCGCCGUUACACUUGGCUGCUUCAAAAGACCAUGUUGAGGUUGUGAAGGUUCUGCUGGAGCAUGCUGCUGAUAUCAACAAAGUGGUCAAUCACAUCGUUUCACCCCUCAAUAUUGCUCUCUGUGGGAAGUCCCUGAAAUGCAUCAAGCUACUGAUUGAGGCUGGUGCUGAUGUGAAUCCUCUUGGUUCCUCUGCACCAACUCCUUUAGCACAAGCAGUUCAUGAUGGCUUAACCGACAUUAUCAAGUUGCUUCUAGAGGCUGGUGCUGAUGUGAAUGGUCUUGGUUCCUCUACACCAACUCCUUUAGCACAGGCAGUUUAUGAUGGCUUAACCGACAUUAUCAAGUUGCUUCUAGAGGCUGGAGCUGACCCUAACAUUCCUGACCAACAAGGUCUAAUUCCAAUUGAGCAAGCAGCAGUUCGUCGUCGACGUGAGCUUGUUGAAGUUCUGUUUCCUUGGACAAAACCAAUUUCAUGUCUUCCAGAUUGGAGUGUCAAUGGGAUAAUAAGAACAGUGAAUUAUUGGCGCAUCAAUCCUCUUCAGGCCGCAGUUUCGAUGGAAGAAAGGACUGCUUAUUGGAAGUCGCAAGGAAAGGAAGCAUUUGCAAGGGGGGACUACCUUACAGCAAUUUCCUGCUACGAUAAGGUACUUGACAUAAACCCAUCUGAUACCCCGAUGCAUGCCAACAAGAGCCUCUGCUGGCUGCGUAUGAGACAUGGGGGUCUAGCUCUGGAAGAUGCACGCAAGUGCAAAAUGAUACGGCCCCGUUGGUCCAAGGCCUGGUAUCGUGAAGGUGCAGCCCUCAGCUUCAUGAAGGACUACGAUGGCGCCGCCGACGCGUUCGGGGAGGCGCUGCAGCUGGACCCCAAGAGUGAAGAGAUUAGGGAAGCGCCGAGGAAGGCCGAGAAGGCUGCGGAGGAGUCAUGGCGCAUGUAAUGUAAGCAACCACCGAUACCGGGCUGCUCAGAGAGAAGGAACAACAGAAACUCUAGCUUGUUUCCUCUCACAUAUCCCUGAGACAUCCCUUUAACGGCUACUAAGUACCCUACUAGUUCUAAUAGCUCAGGAUGUCUUGCGCUCGCAAGCUAAACCAGUUUCAAACUGUGUGCUCGAUCAUGGGUCUCGAUUUUGGCAGGUUACAACGACGAGACCUCAUGCUUUUGGCAUCUUAGUUAUGUAGGGUGAUCUGUUGUAGAUUUAGGUGGAUGUUAUACUAUCCUGAGAGUCGCCAAACAUUUCUCUGUAUCUUGCGUGUGUUAGCUCAGGUGAAAAAUGCAUAGCUGGUGCUAAUUGUCAGAGGAAGUAGAGUUUCUGUUCCAGCUCUAUGUAUCGGCCAUCUGGGUCUUUCAUCAGGUUGACAACUCAUCUGGAAAACCCAUUCACAGUGAUCGAUUUGAGAAUUCUUGAAGACAAAAUGUCUAAAACUAGACGCAUGUACUAGUUGCCUGAACAUCUGAAUCUCGGUCUCUUUCUGCCCA